AUGACCUGUUCCGCGCUGUCUCGGAUCGGAGACGACUCGAGCUAUUAUGUUAUAAUCUAUGCCACUGGAUUGAGAGCCUUGAUUGGCUUGUUCAUGGCAGUCCAGUGGCUCGCUUCGUGUAUAUUAUUCACCAUUUUGUUUCCAAAUUUCUUCUCCAUGGUCAUGUACACCGCCCAUCUCUGUCAUCCUACGUACUCCGCGCGGGAGGCUGUUGCACGGCAAAGGAUUUGGUACAAGGGACUCCGCAUGAGCAUCCUACGCCAAACGAGCCAAGUAUGGUCACCUUCAAAGCUUGGACCAUUUUUCUGA